AUGGAAGGAUAUGGCUGGGAACGCGAAGUUGGAGGCAAAAACGCGAGUACCGCGAAACUGGUUGCUAGACGGCAGCAAAAACGCAAAAAGCAAAACCCUCGGUCAAAAACUAAAUGUAGAAACAGCAGUGAAAGGACAGAAACAUUGAUGCCCAGAGGCUUCAAGAUUCAUGUCCGGAUUUCUAAAGACGGAACGAUCGAAGCAAAUACCGACGAAUGA